ACGUCACGAUCAUGAUGAGAAUUAAUGAUCGGGAGGGCGCUGAUUUCAUUGUGUGACGCCGGGACCGAGCCAGCCGAAACCGGCUGAAUCCGGCGCCCUGGGGCCCCCCGGACCAGCCCCUCCCGCCCCGCAGAGCACGAUGAAUCUGCGUUCUGUAUUUACUGCAGAACAACAAAGGAUAUUGCAGCGUUAUUAUGAAAAUGGAAUGACAAAUCAGAGUAAAAAUUGCUUUCAGCUCAUAUUACAGUGUGCACAAGAAACUAAGCUGGACUUCAGUGUAGUCAGGACCUGGGUUGGCAACAAACGAAGGAAGAUGAGCAGCAAGAAUGUUGUGGACUCUGGAGGAACUCCAUCGGGGACUGUUGCCAGCACACUGACGAUGCCUCCAGAAGUGGCAGUCCGAAACGUGGUGAGCAUUGCUCGCUCCCAGAGCCAACAGUCGUCUUGGACAUCCUCCAACAACGAUGUCAUAGUAACUGGUAUAUACAAUCCAGCCACUUCAGCCGGCAGACUGAUGUCUACGAAGCAGACCAACGCACUGAUGAAUGAUAUGCAUAAAAACUCCCUUCCAAGACCUCCUAGCAAAAGCGACCCCGAAUUUCAGCGGCAGCACAUUGCAGUCGCACGGCAAUCCCCCCACUGUAAAAACGCUUCACUGUUCUUGGGAGAAAAAACAAUAAUCCUAUCGAGACAAACGAGUGUGUUGAAUUCCGCGAACUCCAUUUAUAAUCACACUAAGAAAAGCUACGGUGGUUCUUCAGUUCAGACUGCAGAGUUGGUUUUACCUCAGAAGCCUGUGUUGUGCCACAGACCAUGCCGAGUGGAGCAGAUGGGGUGCCAAAGGUUGCAGAAACCAGAGCAUCCAAUCCUUGCCUCUCGCAUGCCAUCUGGGCAAAGGGCUAACAUUAGAGAUCCUUCCUGCAGCACACACAACUUGGAAAUCCGAGAGGUGUUUUCCUUGGCCGUUACAGAUCAGCCUCAGAGAAUCCUGGGAGGAAACAGACAGAAGUCAUUGCCCAAUUCAGGAGAAAGCAAUUGUUUGUCAAUUGCCAUGGAAACUGGGGAUGUGGACGAUGAAUACGCUAGAGAAGAAGAGUUGGCAUCGAUGGGUGCACAGAUACAGAAUUACUCCAGGCUAAGUGGUACAUCCCUCAGAGUCGAGAAUCCAGGCGCAGGUCUGUCUGGGUCAGGCAGAAGUGUCAGCUGCAGUUCACACAUGGUGAAUGCCAGGGACUUGCAUGACAAUAUCCUAUAUCAUAAUAGAGACUAUCGCUUGCCUCCACGGACCUCCUUACAUACAACGUCCAGCACACUGUAUAGCAGUUCUUACCCCUCAAGAAGUAACCUUUCUUCUCAUUUUGCAGCAUCCAAUCAACUAAGGUUAUCUCAAAACCAAAAUAAUUACCAGAUUUCAGGAAACCUCACUGUGCCUUGGAUUACGGGGUGUUCCCGAAAAAGAGCACUGCAGGACCGUACACAAUUCAGUGACCGGGAUUUAGCUACCCUUAAGAAAUACUGGGACAAGGGCAUGACCAGCCUUGGCUCAGUUUGCAGAGAGAAAAUUGAAGCGGUUGCUGUGGAGUUAAAUGUUGACUGUGAAAUAGUGCGGACUUGGAUUGGGAAUCGGAGACGAAAAUAUCGUCUGAUGGGAAUUGAAGUCCCUCCUCCUCGAGGUGGCCCUGCAGAUUUUUCCAAUCAAUCUGAUUCCAGCAGUAAGUCAAUAUCCAUUCCAGGAGAUGAUGCCUCAACUGAUGUGGGAGAUGAUAAUGACAGGAAUGAUGAAGUAUCAAUCUGCUUAUCAGAAGGAAGCUCACAAGAAGAACAUAGUGAGGUUCUUCAGAAUGAAGACAUUGGGCACAAAGAAAGGGGCCAGACUACUGUAUCUGCCGAUAAUAUGAAGAUAGAAAUCAUAGAUGAUGAAGAAAGUGAUAUGAUAAGUAAUUCUGAAGUGGAUCAAAUGAGUUCUCUUCUGGACUAUAAAAAUGAGGAAGUAAGAUUCAUUGAAAAUGAACUGGAGCAUCAAAAACAGAAAUAUUUUGAACUGCAGGCUUUCACUCGGAGUUUGAUACUUGCUAUUAAAACGGAUGAUAAAGAACAGCAACAGGCACUUCUAGCAGAUUUACCUCCAGAGUUAGAAGAGAUGGACUUCAAUCAUGCAUCUCCAGAACCUGAUGAUACCUCAUUCAGCUUGUCUUCUUCAUCAGAGAAAAAUGCCUUGGACAGUUUCUGAUCUUUUGACGACUCCCAACACAACAUAGUUUGCCUAAUAUGUAUGUUUUGAAUUAAUUUGUUAGCCAGUACCCUUAAAAUAUGUAGGGAAAAGAUUGGGAAGAGAGACUUCUGUAGCAGGUGCGACUGAUGGUAGCUACAAAUUCUGGAUUUUAUUUUCUGACAAAUGUGAAAGUUACUUGACUAAAAUAAGUUAUGCUUCUAGCAGAUCUGCCUUGAUGAUGGUACCUUUCUACUAACAAGCAUUCAGUAACAAAACUCCUGACCUAAGCAGGACACCAAGAAUUGUAGCCAGUCAUGAUAAUAAUUUAACAAUAUCUUCCUAUUCUAGCCCACCUGUUCAUUCUGAUAUUUUGCCUUCUUUUAUUCUUACCCCUUUUCUCAGGUAGGUGGACUGAACACUGGGAAUUAUGGGCUUCAAGAGAUCAUUAGGUAAAAUUGAGCUUUCAUGAAAAAGAUGAUCAUUCAAACCAGGGAUCGUGCUAAAGAAGUGCUUCUUUUUUCCUAUACAUAACAACAAAUCAUGGUGUCUUUGCUCUUCUUCAGCCUUCCCCAAUGCCUGGAAAAUCAUUGGAAACGUAAACCUAUCUUUCCUAAUUACCUCCAGUGAAGUAUUUUGUGUGCAACAGCAGGUGUAAAUCCUGAAUAAUCAGCUCCUAACAGAAAUGCUCAGUUGUACAGAAAAGCAACAAUCUUGAGUACAUCAGGGACUUAAUGCAUUGUCUCCCCUCAGUAUACCAUGGGAAUAUGUGGCAUUAACAUUGGAAGAAAGGUCACAUAUAUGUGUGUGCUUAGAUCUGAAGGCUGCAUGGACUCACGUGGCUUAUUUUGAAGCCAUUACUCCAUGACCAAGGCCUGUUACAGACUGCCAAAAUAAAGCUGCUUCGGGUCUCUUUGGAGGUAUGCUAUUUAAA